GAGGGAGUCUCUCUCUGGCUUGGCUUUCCAACCGAUUCGAGAGCGGAUUGAUCAUCACCGCCGUCAUUCUUACUGCUCCUGCUACUAUUGUUUUCCAUCUUUCGAGCGAGAGGCGGGGUGCGUUUACCUGUCCGCCUCCUUGCCCUCAUCCCGAGCUCGGGGAAGCGCCGACGCUCCCUCAGGGCCGCUUCCCUCGAUGGCCGACGGAGGAAAAGGAGGCUACAACGAACAUGAUGACCGUGUGGGUGGAGGUGGUGGCAACAGGGGCUUCCCAGGGAGGAGGCGAAAAGGUCGAGGCCCCUUCCGAGGAAAGAUGUACAGUGAGAUGAACCAUCACCCAAGGAACUGGAGCGGCCCAGGCCCCAGUCCUCGUAGCCGACUUGAAGAGGAGGACGGAGAUGUUCUCAUGAGUGACCCUCAUGAUGUGCUGCGAUCCCGCUACACUCCUUAUGGUCGUCCAAACAGAGAUCGGGAGCGGGGAGGCCUAAGCAAUAUAAGCCUCACAGUGAGACAGAAUCCGAGUACCCUAGAACGGCUUGGCCCCAGAAGUAAUGCCCCCAAGAAGAGCUGGUUCAAGAUUUCAAUUCCCUAUGGAAGGAAAUAUGAAAAGGCCUGGCUGAUUAAUGCCAUUCAGAAUUUGUGCAGCGUCCCCUUUACGCCUGUGGAGCUACACUAUGCCAAUAAUCGGGUGGUGUUCUAUGUGGAAGAUGCCACUGCAGUCAACGCCCUCAAACAGGUGUCUCGAAAGAUUGUUGCACCAGAUGGCUUCAAGGUUGUGAUACUUUCAAACCCAUGCAGUCCACCAACAUCUGUCCAGCGUGAAUUGAAACCAGAGGAGAUUGAGCAGCUGAAGCUUUGCAUGAGUAAAAGAUACGAUGGUUCCCAGCAGGCCUUGGAUCUAAAGAACCUUCACACAGAUCCAGAUCUGGUAGCCCAGAACAUUGACAUGGUGUUGAGCCGCCGAACCUGCAUGCUAGCUGUGCUGCGGAUCAUCCAGGAGAACAUUCCUGAGCUCCUUUCUCUGAACUUGAGUGACAACAAGCUCUAUCGGCUGGAUGAUAUGGCUGAGCUGCCGCAGAAGGCUCCCAACCUGAAGAUCCUCAAUUUGUCUUCUAACCAGUUGAAGACAGACCGUGACUUGGACAGGUUAAAAGACUUGAAGCUUGAGGAACUGUGGCUGGAUGGCAACCUGUUGUGUGAUAGCUUCCGUGACCAGUCUACCUACAUCAGCGCCAUCCGCGAACGGUUUCCAAAGCUGCUGAGGCUGGACGGCCAUGAACUCCCCCCUCCUAUCGCUUUUGAUCUUGAAGCACCUACCACGCUUCCCCCUACUAAGGGCAGCUAUUUUUGCUCUGAAGACUUAAAAGCGUUGAUCCUGCGAUUUCUGCAACAAUAUUACACUGUCUAUGAUUCUGGGGACCGGCAAGGGUUAUUGGACGCCUAUCAUGAUGGAGCCUGCUGCUCCCUGAGCAUCCCCUUCUCACUACACAACCAUUCCAGGAGCACUCUGGCUGAAUACUUCAAGAACAGCAGGAAUGUGAAGAAGCUUAAGGAUCCCACCAUGCGCUUCAGGCUCCUCAAGCACACAAAACUAAACGUUGUGGCCUUCCUUAGCGAGCUCCCGAAGACUCAGCAUGACAUCAACUCCUUUAUUGUGGACGUCUGUGCCCAAACGAACACGCUGCUGUCUUUCACCGUCAAUGGGGUCUUCAAAGAAGUCGAUGGCAAGUGUCGCGACUCGGUGCGCGCCUUCACCCGUGUGUUCAUCGUCGUGCCUGCUGGCAAUAAUGGGCUGUGCAUUGUGAAUGAUCAGCUAUUCAUUCGUAAGGCCACCAACAAGGAAAUCCGCAAAGCUUUCGUCAUGCCAGCGCCCACGCCCUCCUCCAGCCCGGUGCCCACGCUCACGGCAGAGCAGCAGGAAAUGCUGCAGAAUUUCUCACUGCAGUCGGGCAUGAAUCUUGAAUGGUCUCAGAAGUGCCUCUUGGACAAUGAUUGGAACUACGCUCAUGCGGCCCAGGUUUUUACCCAGCUCAAGGCUGAGGGGAAGAUCCCAGAAGUGGCUUUCAUCAACUGAGCGUUUGCCACCAUUGCCCUUACCAAAGCCAGCCAAGCAGCGUUUUAUCCUUUGGGUUCUUGUUUUGUAAAUAAAUGAAAGUUUCACUAUGUAAAUUAAAGAGACUCCUACCCUGUUGUGACUGUGAAGGCUGCACCUGUCCGUGUUGCCAUUGGACUGUGGGCAAAGGCAGUGAAAACUUCCUUGUGGAAGAGGCAGCACCUCCUGCCUGCAGCGACAGGUGCCAUGUUGAAUUGCUGUGUACACUGAUUUUCUAACAGACACUGACGACCGUGGGAAUUUGGAGGAAAGGCACUUGAUCGUUUUUGGGUUCUCCCACCUCCCUUUUAAUUUGAAAAGCUGAUUUUUAGCAUACCUUCUUUUUUCUGCUGCUACCGACUUGGGAGUUGUCUUGUAUGUGCCUAGAGUGAGAAGUAGUCAGUAGUUCACAACAUGCAACAAGGGUUAUAUCCCUAGAGGGCAGGGGGAAAUGGUACACCUCCAACCUGCAAAAGGCAGCAGCAGCAGCCCUGUGUCCUUUGAGGCACAAUUGAUCAUCCUGAUGUCGCCAGAGAGACAGUGGGUUUCCUAGUUCUAGGUUGCUUUAGAGGACUUUAGGUAUGUGAGACCCCGGUUGGAUGGAUGGCCUCUGAAACACAGCCCUUGCAGGACGUCGGAUUCGCUGUCACACUGCUUAAAUGAGAGGAAGCUUUGGGGUCCGCACACCUAGCAAGCUGUAGCUUCCGUGUUUCUUUUCUGCCUGUAGUUCUUGAAAACACUGUGUUUAGUAAAAUUGUUAUUAAAACC